AUGGCGACUAAAACAGAAAAGAAGCUGUCAGAGUACGUGAUACAGCGGAAGGGGAUCCUCGUAGUGCAGAAGGCAGUGGAGAAGUUUGCGGAGGAUUUCGAUUGCGAUCGGGAUGCCUGCCAAAUACCAAUUCGCCUCGAUUCACUGGACCGAAUCUACAAGGAGUUCCUGGAGGUACAAGGACAGAUCGAGCUGUACGAUAAGUCGGAGAUGCUAGAUACCCACUUGGAAGAACGCAUGGAUUUCGAGACGCGUUAUUGCAGGGUUAAAGGUUUUCUACUGUCCAAUCGCGCUACUGAUCCCAACCAAACCAUGCUGAACAACACAAUGGCGACCCCUGCUCACGUUUCGUCUUCUUUCCACCUACGCUUGCCCAAGAUCGACCUACCUAAGUUUAACGGUGAUUUCUCGCGAUGGCUCGCAUUCCGUGACACGUACACGUCGAUGAUUCAUAGCAACACAGAUAUUCCGACGGUUGCGAAGCUGCAGUACCUGUUGCAGUCACUAGAGGGAGAAGCCCGAAAACCAUUCGAGUCCGUAGACAUAGAAGCGGACAACUACGCAUCGACUUGGGAGGCAUUGCUGAAACGGUACGACAACAAGCGGUUCUUGAAGCGUCAGCUCUUCCGAGCUCUGUACGACCUUUCGCCAAUUAAUCAAGAAAGUCCCCAAGAAAUUCACGCUUUGGCUGACGAUUUCCACCGACAUGUAAGGGCUUUGGCAAAGUUAGGCGAGCCAGUCCAUUAUUGGGACACCCCGUUGGUCAACCUCCUUUGUUACAAGCUGGAUUCAACUACACUACGUGCUUGGGAGGAGAAAACCAGCAAUAACGACGAUGUGACCUAUGAAAUGCUGAUCGAAUUCCUCUACCAACGUGCCCGUAUGCUGACGUCCGUUAUAACCGAUCUGCGAUAUCGGUCCCAACAACCGGCUACAGCCAAGGUGGCCGGUUCCAUUCCAACCCCGCAACCAUUCAAGGUGGCAUACAAGGCAGCCACCGUUGAAUCGAGCUCCAGUGCUCCGUGUCUCGCCUGUCCGGAGAAGCAUUUGCUCUUUCAAUGUCCAGCAUUUUCCGAGAUGUCCAUCUGCCAGCGUCGUGAGCUGGUUUCCCAGAAACGCCUAUGCUGGAAUUGCUUCCGUACUGGACACCAAGCCAGGAAUUGUACCUCCGUGUUCUCCUGCCGUAACUGCCAUGAAAAACACCACUCCCUGCUGCACGAGCCAGUACCAUCGAACAUGCAAUCUACUCCUGUCGUGGCAGCAAGCCAGCCUCUUCCCUCGACGUCCGCCAUCGCUGGCCCUUCCAGCUCGAUGAAUCCGAACAGCCAAGUGAGCCUGUCGGCCCAGGCUGAGCACAGCACAGUUUUGCUGGAAACGGUUUGCCUCCUCGUCGUAGACCAGAACGGCAAGGAAAUACCCGUACGUGCACUGUUAGAUUCAGGAUCCAUGUGCAACUUAAUCACCAACAAGCUUGCAAAUUCCCUAAAUCUCCGACGCACCAAAGUGGAUAUCGCAGUAGCUGGUAUAGGUGAAUCCACCAAGCAAAUCAAGUGCCAAUUGACUGCUAAGAUCAAGUCGAAGUCGACACCGUACUCCACCAAGCUUGAGUUCCUGAUCCUCAAUAGACCGACGGUCAACCUUCCGACCGCUCCGAUCGACAUUUCCACGUGGAAUCUUCCUAAGUUGUCGUUGGCAGAUCCAAGAUUCCAUAUUCCAUCCGACAUUGACAUGGUUGUCGGUGGUGAAGCGUACCACGAGCUCCAUCUUGGCAGCAAGCGUUCCCUGGGAGAGGGAUUACCGUUGCUAAUAGAAACGGUGUUUGGAUGGACUGUUUCCGGGAAGAUAUCCAUCGAUCAUCCCACCGUUUCCCACGUCUGCCAUCUGACCACUGUCGAUCGAAGUUCAGAGCAAGUGUUGCAGAAAUUCUGGGAGCUAGAAGCUGUUGAGCCGUGUUCCGUUGAUACCUAUGAAGAAAAACAGUGUGAGGAACUUAACACUACUACCACCACUCGCGAUUCGUCCGGUCGUUUUCUCGUUCAUUUACCACUCACCCGCGAUCCCCUAGUCAACUUCGGCGAAUCCAAAGCUAUCGACGAAUGUCGUUUUUUGAGCCUUGAGAAGCAACUAGAGCGAGAUCCACCCACCAAGAACUGCAAAUCAAUGGACGAAUUCGCAAAGAGGACGCACCUGAAGUUGAAGCUUGUCGAUCCAGUUGACGAUCUGAACCCACACUGCUACCUUCGGUACCAUCUAGUCUUCAAGGAAUCCAGCACAACAACGAAGGAAGACCUGCUGUCGAUCAUUGCGAGGUUUCGCAUACACCUGAUCCCUAUCGUAGCUCAACGAGAGAUAUUGCCCAGAGAGCUCAUCGAAGUUGCCCGCCUUGAUCCCCUUCUAGUGUCGUUGAAGUGGCAGCAUCCGAAGCUAUACGAAAACGGCAUCACCAGAGUCGGUGGGAGACUCAAGCACGUCGCCGUUAAGUACCCGAUAGUGCUUGCGAAACAUCCGCUAUCCAUACUGUUGUCCGAGCACUAUCGCAAGCAUCUGCUGCAUACAAGACAGCAAACUACGCAAACCACUAUGGGUCAGAAGUUCUGGGUGGUGUCAGAACUUUACUCCGUUCGCCACAUGUGCCACACUCGUUUCCAUAAAAAAGGGUAUAUUUGA